AAGCUCAACCGAGCUGAAAAAGCUUAACUCAAAUUAAAAAAAAUUUAACUCAGCUGAAAAAAACCCAACCUACAUUAAAAAAAACUCUAACUCAGUUGAAAUCAACUCAGCAGCGCGUUGUCGCCAAGUGGAGCGGACUGCGGACCCGUAGUUGUCAACCCAGCAGCGCGUCCGUCGCAUUUACCGACCCACCACGCCACCCCCUUCGGCCCUUGCCCACGCGCCGCUCGCCCGCCCUCUCCAAAUCCCAAAUCCAACCCACCGGCCACCGCACCACCGCCGCCUAUCGUCCCCACCCGCAGCCCCCAGCCCCCGAUCGCGGCGGCACCCAUAAUGGCCGCCUCGUCGUCACCGCGCGCCGCGGGGCUCCGCGGGCCCUCCCUGACCGUCCUCCUCUUUCUCGUCGCCGCGAUGGUGUCGGUUCCCCCCGCGGCGGCCGAGAUCCGGGAGACCGCGAUCCGGGCCGACCCGCGGAGCAUCAUCCCGCUGGACGAGUUCGGCUUCUCCCACUCGGGCGUGCUGGAGCUCAACGUCUCCGGCAUCGCUUUCGAUCCGCAGGCCUCCGCGGAGCUGGACCUCUCCCAGCUCGGCUUCUUCCUCUCCACGCUCGACGCCUGGGUUCACGUCCUCCGCCAGCUUCAGGACCUAGACGUCACCUGCGCGCUCCAGUCGGAGCUCGUCAAGCUCGCCUUCUCCUUUGACCGCCUCCGCCCGCCCUCCAACCCUGCCGGCGUCGAGGUAGCCCGCUCUUCCUCCUUCUCUACCGCCUUCCGCGUGUCGGAGCCAGGGCAGUACACGCUCGUUUUCGCCAACUGCCUCGGCGGCGGCCUCAAGGUCGACAUGGACGUCCGCUCCGCCAUGUACAACGUCGACCCGGCCACCGGGGAGCGCCAGUACCUCUCCGCGGGAGCCUCGGCGCUGCCCUCCUUCUACUUCCUCUUCUGCCUCGCUUACGCUGGCCUCGCCGCCGCCUGGGUUUCCAUCCUCCUCCGCAAGCGGGCCGCCGUCUUCCGGAUCCACUACUUCAUGCUCGCCGUGCUCGUGCUCAAGGCUCUCAACCUCCUCGCCGAGGCCGAGGACAAGUCAUGCAUCGAGCGCACCGGCACGACCCACGGAUGGGACGUGCUCUUCUACAUCUUCAGCUUCCUCAAGGGGAUCUCGCUCUUCACGCUCAUAGUGCUCAUCGGCACCGGCUGGUCUUUCCUCAAGCCCUACCUGGCCGACCGAGAGAAGAAGGUGCUUAUGGCGGUCAUCCCCCUGCAGGUCGUAGCCAACAUCGCGCAGGUGGUGAUUGACGAAUCUGGACCCUAUGCUCGGGACUGGGUCACCUGGAAGCAGAUUUUCUUGCUGGUUGAUGUGAUAUGCUGUUGUGCUGUGCUCUUCCCGAUUGUGUGGUCCAUCAAGAACCUUCGGGAGGCUGCUCGCUCGGAUGGGAAGGCCGCUGUGAACCUCAUGAAGCUCACCCUCUUCCGCCAGUACUAUGUGGUCGUCAUCUGCUACAUUUACUUCACGCGUGUUGUAGUGUACGCUACAGACCAUCACCUCAUACCGGUACCUGUGGACUAGCGUCGUGGCCGGGGG